CCUUGCUAGGAUAUGGUACCCGGUUGAGUGGAUGCAGGAGGAUCAGCAGGCUUGAGCAUCAUUGCUAGGGAACCAUGGCCAGCCAAACCCAGGGAAUUCAGCAGCUGCUGCAGGCGGAGAAGAGGGCUGCCGAGAAGGUGGCAGAGGCUCGAAAACGCAAGGCAAGGCGGCUGAAGCAGGCCAAGGAAGAAGCCCAGGCUGAAAUUGAGCAAUACCGCUUGGAGCGUGAGAGAGAGUUCCAGCAGAAGCAGCAGGCGGCGCUGGGCUCGCAAGGGAACCUGUCUGCUGAGGUGGAAGCCCAGACACGCAAGAAACUGCAGGCGAUGCAUGGAGGACAAGCCCGGGGCAAGGAUCGGGUCCUUCGUCAACUUCUUACCAUUGUUUGGGAUGUCCGCCCCCAAAUACACCCCAAUUACCGUGCGGCUGUCUAGGCGACCCAUUGACCCAGCCUGGAGUUGCCACUUGGUUGCCUAGGGGACCUUAUUGGCCUACAGCCUCCACAAAUCCCUGAGCCCUAAAGAUUUAGCUUUAUAUCCCCCAGAAUCUCAGCUCCCCCAUCUCUCUCUAAAACUCCUCAGAAUCCUAUAAAUCUAACUACAGAUCUAAACCACUUAGAGAUGUAUUUUAGAUAUGGUAAGUGGUAUGUAAAUAAAAAAUAACAAUUAAUAACUUCCUGUGGUCCCAGAAUUUCCCCGCCAAUUAUUUUUAGUACUUUGUCAUAUUCCAUAUCAAGACUCUGAAUCUCAUUUGAUGGUAUUAACACUUCAUUCUUCCCAAAUUUGCAGGGGGAAGAAGGGGGAGAGGAAUUGACUCCACAACUAUUAUGAAUGCUCUCAGCACUUUCCCUAAAAUGACAUGUCCCAGCUUUAAAUCUGCAUCUACAGACCUGUCUCCAUCCAGCCCCGUCU